CUUUAUUUUACAAUAGGUUUAUUAUUUCAGCCAAACCAGUAGAUGGCGAUAUUGCUUCAACUUUGCCUGCUGACUGUUGCCCAAUCCAGCAAAGCAGUCAAGAUAAGGAAGUGGAUGUGUCAGAAUGGAGUUUGCUGAGCUGAUUAAAACCCCUCGUGUGGACGGGGUGAUCCUUCACCGACCCUUCAUGCCCAAAGUGGAGGGAACUCUUUGUCUGACGGGACAUCACAUCAUCCUGUCCUCUCGCCAAGAUAACACAGAGGAACUCUGGCUGCUUCAUGCCAACAUUGACUCUAUUGAGAAAAGAUUCGUCGGGCCACUUGGAACUAUUAUUGUGAAAUGUAAAGAUCUGCGAGUGAUUCAGUUGGACAUACCUGGCAUGGACGAGUGUCUCAAUAUUGCCAACUCAAUUGAGGCUCUGUCCACGCUGGACUCCGUCUCACUGAUGUAUCCGUUCUUCUAUCGUCCUCUUUUUGAGGUCAUUGAGGAUGGAUGGCAGUUGUUUCAACCAGAAGAGGCUUUCAAAGAUCUGGAGUCUAUGACAGAUGAAUGGAGACUGAGUGAGUUGAAUAAAGACUUCAGCGUGUGCCCCUCCUACCCCUCCCUGCUGACCGUGCCGAAAGUCAUCGAUGAUGAAACUCUAGUCAAAGCUGCUUCUUUCCGCCACGGUGGUCGUUUCCCUGUGCUUAGUUACUACCACAAGAAAAACGGCAUGGUGAUGAUGCGAGCCGGGCAGCCGCUAACUGGAACCAAUGGGCGUCGCUGCAAAGAGGAUGAAAAACUGAUCAAUGCCACGCUUUGUGCAGGGAAGCGUGGUUACAUCAUCGACACGCGGACAAUAGCUGUGGCGCAGCAGGCUAAAGCCAGGGGAGGUGGAUUUGAACAGGAAGCCAACUACCCACAGUGGAGGAGGAUCCAUAAAGCUAUUGAGAGGUCCAGUAUUCUUCAGGAGAGUUUGAUAAAGCUGGUGGAGGCCUGCAAUGAUCAGUCACACAGCAUGGACCGCUGGCUCAGUAAACUUGAAGCUUCUAACUGGCAAAGUCAUGUUAAAGAAAUCCUCACCACUGCUUGCCUGGCUGCACAGUGUAUCGACAGGGAAGGGGCCUCAGUUUUGGUUCAUGGCACAGAGGGCACAGAUUCCACCCUGCAGGUGACCUCUCUGGCCCAGAUCAUCCUUGAUCCGGCAUGCAGAACCAUCCGCGGCUUUGAGACUCUGAUUGAACGAGAGUGGUUGCAGGCAGGUCACCCGUUCCAGCAGCGCUGCGCUCAGUCUGCGUAUUCAAAUUGGAAGCUGCGGAGUGAAGCCCCAGUGUUCCUGCUCUUCCUGGAUUGCGUGUGGCAAAUCCUCCGGCAGUUCCCCUGCUCAUUCCAGUUCAAUGAAAAGUUCCUCAUCAUGCUCUUCGAACACACUUAUGCCUCACAGUUUGGCACUUUCCUUGGAAACAGUGUGGCUGAGAGGGAGAAGCUGCAGCUGUCUCAGAAGACUGUGUCUCUGUGGUCAUGGGUGAACAGACCUCAGGAGCUGGAGAGAUUUCUCAACCCAUUGUACGAGCCAAAUAACCUGGUCAUCUGGCCAUCUGUGGCACCUCAGAGUCUUCUGCUUUGGGAGGGAGUAUUUCUUCGCUGGAAUCGCUCCACCAAGUGUUUAGAUGAGGCCAAUCAGGAGAUGGUCCAUAUUAUAGAGUACAACAAGGAGCUGCAGAACAAAGUGAACAGCCUGCGGAGGCAGCUGGCCCAGCUCGAGACCGAGGACGGCCCACUGCAGACACCGUAAAACAAACCACUCCAACGUACUUGAGAUUUCAACACUCCUGAUUCUCCUUAUCUACUGUA